UAAGUUUCUUUCAACGCAGCUACUGCUGGAAAAGUACUGAAGGUGCAAGUGAUUGCACAAGAACAAACAUGGCGGCGAACAUGUGAGAGAACAAAUUUGGAAUGGGGAAGAAAAAGAAGCCGUUUAUUGACAAGAGAAGUGCUCACAGUUUUCAACUUGUGCAUCGGAGUCAAAAAGAUCCCUUACAAGCGGACGAGGAGAGUUCUAAACAUGUGUUACUACCGCUCGAUUCUUCAAGUCAGGAUCCAAGUCAAAUAGACUCCAUUGAUGAGCAUAAAAAGAAGGAGGAGGAAAGACAGCAUGGAAUUUUUUUUGACGAUGACUACAAUUACUUGCAGCAUCUUAAACCUCGCACAAACUUUACUUUGGAACCACUCCCUGAUAAUGUGACUGUAAUUGAAGCCAAGAAAACUUCAGAUCAUGUGGAUUUUGGUAAAGUCAAAUUACCAACUGAAGUGUUUGCCUCCGGAUAUGAAGAAGAAGAGGGAAUGCUUAAUCUUGCUGCACCAGUGUCAGGUCCUCGCCCAGACCUGGAUCCUGAUAUUGUAGCUGCCUUAGAUGAUGCACUUGAUUUGAAUGACCCUGAUAACAUUUUAGAGGAUGAUUUUAUGUUGAAGGCAAAUGAUGAACAUGCAUGUUAUGAAAGUGAUGACAACUUGAUUAAGAGUGAUGAUGAAGAUGAAAGUGAUGAGGAUGAUUACCCUUCAGAUGAGGCUGAUGAGUCAGAUGAUGGAAUGUCGUAUUUUGAGGAAGAGGAAACUAAAUCAAGAUUUACAAGCUAUUCCAUGACAUCAUCUGUAAUAAGGAGGAAUGAAGGUUUGCAACUUAUUGAUGAGAGAUUUGAAAAGUUGAUGGAGGAAUAUGAUGAAGAUGAGAUUGGAGCACUGGAUCAUGAAGAGUUAGAAGGCUCCAUUCAGCCAGACAGUAAAAGGCUCAAUGCUCUUGCUGAAGAAUUCAUUGAAAGCCAACAAGUACAAGAUUUGUCUGAUGUUAAGGAGAGUAUACUGGUCAGAGGCCAUGAUAAGAAUGAAGACAGUGACAGUUCUCCAGAUGAACUGGUCAAAGUUGCAGAGGAGCCAAAGGAGAAAUGGGACUGUGAAUCCAUUUUAAGUACUUAUUCAAACCUGUACAAUCAUCCCAAACUGAUUAAAGACACUCCAAGGGUGAAGCCGAUAAAACUAUCCAAGGCUGGUAUUCCACUUGGUGUGCUUUCGCAAUUCGGCGUAUCCAACAAGAAUGUGCAAGCCGGCGAACGCAGCGAUACAGAGGAGACAGAAAAGCAUGUUUCUCGCAACACGGUCAGAAGCAAAGACGAAACUAAAGAAGAGAAAAAACAUAGGAAACAAGAAAUCAAGAACGAUAGAAAGGUGCGACGGAUGGAAAAGAAAGCGAAUAAGAUUGCUUUCAAAUCCGAAAAGCAAAGACAAGAGCAGUCCAUGCUGAAUACAAAACAACAACAGGGAAAGAAGCUCUGAUACCUGUACAUAUUGCAAACGACAAUUGAAAAAAAAUCAAUUCGUACAUACGCCCGUAUAAUCCCGUGGUUUAAAAUUUUAAUCCUAGAAGUGCUCCAUGAAAUUCACGAGAACGAAACAUUUUUCAGGUUCUUUAAUACGAAAAACGGCGGUAAAUGGGAGCUAGAAACCUCUGCUCUUCUACAGCUCCCAAAGCUUUCGGCAAUGCAGCCCUUGGUGGUAGUAAAGCGAGGAAAUGAAAUUCAGGAACACCGGUUCCUUGGUAUCCCAUUAUUGAACGUACAAAUAUAAGUUGCGCGCGCUAAGCGUAGGAAUACUCAUGUGUUUAUACGUUGUCGAUUUCAUUGGCUGGAGUAAGUGUAUUUUCCAACAGCAGGUAAUGCCUGGUGAAUGCCUCUGCUGACGCACGUUACCCGAUUUUGAUUGAACUAAAAACCUAUUAAGAGCUCAGAAAACGAAAGUCAAAUAUGACCGUGAGGCACUAUGGCGCAUACUAAGCUUUACAUCGCCUUACUGCCACCAAAUUCUUUUUGCGUUGGAGUUGUAAAUAUUUAGUGCUUAGUACAACUUUUAAUAAUAAUUUUUUUACCCGAUAUUGUAGUACGUUGUACAGGAAAAUGAUAUUGAGAACAUCAUGAA